GCACAUUACUUUUGUUGGCAUCAAAAUAAUGACUGAUUGCGGUCUGUUCUUAAUGAUUCAGCAUAGCAUAAAAAGCGUCUGUCAGCUUUGAAAUACAAGUCAAUAAAUACAUUUAUAAAAGAAUAACCGAAUCUGCGGUUUAGACGGCACAAUGCCUCACAGAAAGAAAAAGUCGUUCAUCGACAAGAAGAAUGCGGUGUCUUUUCACCUGGUACACAGAAGUCAGAAAGAUCCGCUCGCGGCGGACGAGAAAGCUCCUCAACAUGUCCUUUUACCUGCGUCCAAGUCUGAUGCUGAUGAACGCCGAGAAGAACAGAGGAAGUAUGGCGUGUUUUUCGACGACGACUAUGACUACCUGCAGCAUCUGAGAGAGGCGUCCCAUUCCACCGAACUGCUCCCGGCAGCGCUCCCGUCCCGGGACGGUCCCGGGUUCAGCCUGGUCGACGAAGACGCGGAGGAGGAAGAAGAGCCACAGAAUGUACCGACGGCCUCCAUCAAGCUGCCCUCGUCUGUGUUUGCCUCCGAGUUCGAGGAGAAGGUUGGUCUACUAAACAAAGCAGCUCCCAUAUCAGGACCAAGGCUGGACAUGGACCCGGAUAUCGUGGCUGCUAUGGAUGAGGACUUUGACUUUGACGACCCAGAGAACAUUCUGGAUGACGACUUCGUCGUAAAGGCCAACGACGUCGCGGGGGAGGAUGAUGAUGAUGAUGAUGAUGAUGAGUGGGAGGACACGGACGAAGGAGAGAGCUGUGAGGAGGAAGAGGAGGAGCGGGAUUACGACUCCGCGGGCGGUCUGUCCGAGGACGGGGACGGCAGGCGGGAGUUCAUGUUCAUGGACGAGGAGACGAAGACUCGAUUCACCGAAUAUUCGCUCACGUCGUCCGUCAUGCGGCGGAACGAGCAGCUCACGCUGCUGGACGACCGCUUCGAGAAAUUCUUUGAGCAGUUUGAUGACGAUGAGAUUGGUGCUCUGGACAACGCAGAGUUGGAAGGUUACAUCGAACCCGACAGUGCUCGACUGGACGAGGUCAUCAAAGACUACUUCAAACAGAAGGAGAAAGAGUACCAAAAGCCGGACCAGCUGGGCCCGAAGGAGCCGCCCAUUUUGGAGGAGGAGGACGAGGAGGAGAAGGACGAGACAGAAAUCAUUACAGUAGAGGAGCCACCAACAGAGAAAUGGGACUGCGAGACUAUCAUUAGCACAUACUCCAAUUUAUACAACCGACCAAAAGUUAUCGAGGAGCCGCCCAAGCCCAAGCCGAUUCGCGUCUCGGGCAAAACGGGUAUUCCCCUGGACGUGCUACCCAAACGGGGGUUGACGGCACGACAGGUGGAGAAGAUGGAGCGCAUAAACGACCUUGACCUCCCCCGUGCCUCCACACAGCCGCGCUCUAAGGAUGAGAGCAAGGACGACAGAAAAGCCCGGAAACAGGCCAUCAAAAUGGAACGGAAGGAGAGGAGAGUGGAGAAGAAAGCCAACAAGACGGCCUUCAAACAGGAGAAAGCCAUGCAAGAGAAACAAAUGGUUCAUCUCAAAGCUAAUAUUCAGGGCCUGAAGCUCUAGCCCCCCC